AUGUUUACAUUUAUAUUUUUUUCUAUCCUGACAACCCUAAAACUGACACUUCUUUCUUGCAGCAGCACUGGGAGAAAGAAACCCCCAUCCUGAGGCUCUCACGGGAUAUAUUUCCUGACUGAUCGGCCUUACAGUACUCAAGUACUGUAACGACUUGGCGCGGACAAGGACUGCUGGAGGUGAAUAAAAUGAUGCAUCAGCAAUCCAUGAUGGUUGGCGACAUGUUGCCAGUAGAACUAGGCGGGGAGGAGCCGGUGAGCGUGGGGUACGAGAACUCGCACGCGUACGACGACCUGUUUCCCGCGCUGCCGCUCGCCGCUCCGGCGGUGCAGCGCGCCGCGCCGCCCAUGAGCAAGCUGCGCGUCGGCUCCUCGCUGCACACGCAGGUGUUCCACGUGCCGUUCGAAGAGCGCAAGCAGGACAACGCGAACACGUUCGGCGAAGGCGAGUCGCUGCGCACGUGCCAGGCCAUCACCAAGGACACCGGCGCGCACAUCGAGAUAUCCACGAGCAAGGACGGAAGUCUGACGUUCCUGCUGACGGGCAAGCAUAGUGCGGUGCUGGAGGCGCGCAGGCAGAUUUUGACGCACUUCCAGCAACAGGCCAGCAAGCAGAUCUCCAUCCCGAAGGAGCACCACCGCUGGAUCCUCGGCCGCCAGGGGCAGAAGCUGAAGGAGCUGGAGCGCGUGACCGCCACCAAGAUCAACGUGCCCGCCAUCGCGGACUCCAGUGAUACCCUGACUAUUACCGGGACCAAGGAGGGGAUCGAGAAGGCCGAGCACGAGAUCCGGGUGUGCUCGGAGGAGCAGUCGCGCAAAGCCCUCGAGCGCAUCACGGUGCCGAAGAUGUACCACCCGUUCAUCCAGGGCCCGUACGGCGAGCGCGCGGCCGCCAUCACCGCGGAGACGGGGGCCCGGGUUCACAUCCCGCCUGCUUCUACCAUGAGCGACGAGAUAGUGGUGGCUGGAGAGAAGAACGGAGUGCUGGCCGCUAAGGCGCAGAUUGAACAGAUUUAUGAGGAUAUGGUAAAGAAAUGCUCCACAGUGCGUGUGGAAGUGCCCAAGUCGCAGCACAAGUACGUGAUCGGCGCGCGCGGCACCACCAUCCAGGAGAUCCUGAAGGAGACGGGCGUGUCGGUCGAGAUGCCGCCGCCCGACUCCGCCACCGGCACCAUCACGCUGCACGGACCACACAACAAGAUUGGACUGGCCCUGUCCAAGGUGUGCGAGAAGGCGAACUCGGUGAAGACGGCCACCGUGGACGCGCCCACGUGGAUACACAAGUACAUCAUCGGCAAGAACGGAUCCAACAUCAAGAAGAUCACGCAGGACUUCUCUAAGGUACACGUGGACAUAACUCACUCGGAAGACAAGAUCAAGAUCGACGGGCCCCCCGAAGAAGUUGAGCGUGCUCAGAUCGAGCUGGACAGCUUCGUGCGCAACCUGCUGGCCACGCUCACGUACGUGGAGCUCGCCGUCGACCCCAAGUUCUUCAAGCACAUCAUCGGCAAGAGCGGUGCUAACAUCAACAGGCUGAAGGACGACACAGGAGUAGUCAUCAACAUCAACGAGAGCGACGGCAACAACGUGAUCCGCAUCGAGGGCAGCCACGAGGGCGUGGCCAACGCGGAGAAGGAGCUCCGCGGCAUGGUCAUGAAGCUAGAGAACGAGAGGAUCAAGGAGGUCUACGUCGACCAUAGAUAUAUCAAGGCCUUGAUUGGAGUCCGGGGGGAAAAGAUCAAGGAAAUCAGGGACAAGUUUGACCGUGUUCAAAUCACUCUGCCUGACCAGGGACAGAAGCGCAGCCCAGUGAAACUCCGAGGCCCACAGGAAGACAUUGACAAGUGUGAGAAGUAUCUACAUAGAGUGAUGAAGGAGAUCGAAGACUCUUCCUACGUCGAAGAGAUUCCCAUCUUCAAGCAGUUCCACAAGUUCAUCAUCGGCAAGGGAGGCGUGAAUCUGAAGAAGAUUCGAGAUGAAACGCAGACGGUCAUUGACCUCCCGGCUGAAGGCGACGACAGUGACGUCAUCACCGUGCGAGGCAAGCGCGAGCACGUCAAGGAAGCCGUCAAGAAAAUCCAACAGAUUCACAACGAAAAGGCUAACGUCGUCACCGAGGAAGUCACUAUUCCGCCCAAAUACUACAACUCUUUGAUUGGAGCUGGCGGUAAACUGAUCCACUCGAUCAUGGAGGAAUGUGGUGGUGUUUUAAUCAAAUUCCCGGCCGCGGACAGCGACAGUGACAAGGUUAUAAUCAAGGGCCCUGGUGAAGACGUAGAGAGAGCUAAAGUGCAGCUGUUAGCCCAUGCGUCGGAGCGCGAGCUGACGUCACACACGGCGCAGGUCCGGGCCAGGCCCGAGCAACACAAGUUCCUCAUCGGCAAGAAUGGCGCGAAUAUCAAGAAGAUCAGGGAGCAGACCGGCGCGCGCAUCGUGUUCCCCACGGACAAGGACGAGGAUAAGGAAGCCAUCUUUAUUAUCGGUCGCGAGGAGCAAGUAGAAGCGGCGCGCGCAGCGCUGGCGGCGGCCGUGGCGGAGAUCAGUGCUGUCUCGGAAGGAGAGAUGACCGUGCCCGCGAGGCACCACAGACACUUCGUGGCCCGCCGCGGCGAGGUGCUCCGGCGCGUGGCGGACGAGUGCGGCGGCGUGCAGGUGUCGUUCCCGCGCCAGGGCGUGGACAGCGAGCGCGUCGUGCUCAAGGGCCCCACCGAGUGCAUCGAGGCCGCCAAACGACGGAUCAAUGAGAUUAUCGAGGAUGUUGAGGCUAAGGUGACAAUCGAGUGCAUAAUCCCGCAGCGGCACCACCGCACGGUGAUGGGCGCGCGCGGCUCCAAGGUCAAGGACAUCACGGCCGAGCACGACGUGCAGGUGAAGUUCCCCGAGCGCGACACGGCGGACGCGGCGGACGUGCCGCUGCGCAACGGCGACGAGCCGGCGGAGAGCGGCCCCAAUGACGUCAUCAGGAUCACCGGCCGGCCCGAGAACUGCGAGGCCGCUAAGAAGGCGCUGCUUGAACAGGUGCCGAUCACCAUCGAGGUGGAAGUCCCCUUCCCGCUGCACCGCCUGCUCGCGGGACAGAAGCGCCGCGAGCUCAUGCAGACCUACGACGUGCACAUACAGCUGCCGCCCGUGGAAGAGGAGUCGGAUAUUGUCAAGGUGACGGGCACGCCCACCAACGUGGAGCGCGCGCGCGAGGUGCUCGUGGACAAAAUCGACGAGAUGGAGAAGGAGAAGGAGGACAGACUACUCCGAUCGUACGAGCUGAAGUUCAAGGUGGACCCGGAGUACCACCCGCUGGUGAUCGGCAAGGGCGGCGCCGUCAUCAUGAAGAUCCGCACGGACUUCGGCGUGCAGAUCAACCUGCCCAAGCGCGGCGAGGCGGAAGAUGAUACUAUCACCAUACAGGGGUACGAAGAGAAGGCGCAUCAAGCCAAGGAUGCCAUUAUGGCUAUUGUGCAGCAACACGACAACCAGUACCGCGAGGAAGUAGACAUCGACCCGCGCGUGCACCGGCGCCUCAUCGGCCAGCGCGGCAAGAACAUCCGCAAGAUCAUGGACGACUACAAGGUGGACAUCCGCUUCCCGCGCCAAGGGGAUGACAGCAUCGUUGUCAUCAGUGGGGAUGAAGAUAAUGUGCUGGACGCGAAGGACCAUCUGCUGAACUUGGCGGAGGAAUACAUGCAAGACGUGUCGGACCGCUACCAGCGACCGGCCGGCCCGUCGCUAGGAGACUUCGGAGCGGCGCUGGCGAGCGGGGAGCCGGCCGCGCCGCCCGCCGCCGCCGCGGGGGGGCCGCCCGCCGCCGGGUUCGUGGUGAAGGGCGGGCCAUGGGAGCAGCGCGCGCCCGACACCGCGUCCACGCAGGACUUCCCCAGCAUGCCGGGGCACGCGCCCGCCGCCGCGCCCGCGCCUGCGCCCGCCGCGCCCUCCGCCGCCUGGGGCCCGCGCCGCUAGCCGCCCGUCUUCCAACCACCCUCCCCAGCUCCCAGAGUCAUACUCGACCACUCCUAGUUUUCCAUUCCCUAACUAGCGACCUCUCUCGCUAUUCCGUUUCCUAGAUGUAACGUUUAUUGUUUUAAGCUUAUCUACUAUCAUGGUAGGGUCGCGUUGUAUUGCGACUCGCGGUUUUUUGGCCUAUGUGUGAGCGACUGAAUAUAAAAUUAUCAAUGAUAUAUAUAAUUAUAAUGUAAUAAUGAACUAUAUUAUGCAAAGAAGCGUUAGGGAUAUUUUUUUACAUUUCCAACUGUAACUAGUGUGAUUAGAUUACAGAUUGCUCUAUGAAUUAUUUAUUUGAGAAUCAUGAACGUUCAGUUGUAAUUUAUUUUAAUUAAUUAUUAAAGAGAAUGCCAUUGGGGAAAUCGUUAAGUUACAUAACUAUUAUUAUUACUACAAUUAUAUUGUUGCUUUGAAGUAAUACUUCGUACUAACAAGUUUUUAGAUCAUCCAUAUUUUGUGUACUUAUGACUUAAAUUAUUUUACUUCGAUUAUACAUAGAGUAUCUAUUUUUAAUAAUAAUUUGUUUCCAAUACCUUUUUAUAAUAUUAUGUUUUAUAAAAUGUUGCCUAUAAUAAUAGAUGAAUCAGUAAAUAAUAAUAAGACAAGAAUGAAUAUUUUUACAAAGUAAUUUGUACAUAGUUAAUUGUGUUUGAACUAUUAAUAAAAUCUUUUACAUGAUAA